CUGCAAACAUAAUUUAAUUCUGACUACUUCCUUACAACUGAUACUAUUAAGCAUCACUGAUCGCUUAUGCCUGGCUAUUUUAAGGCGUUAUAUUUUGUGGAUGUUCCGUUAUGAUGUCCAAGCAAAAAAGGAAGUUGAGUAGUUUCCCUGGGCUUCUGUGCAUGUCCUGAUAUUUAAAAAAAAAAGGCGACCUGCAUAUGCACCAUUGGCUGCAAUCCUAAAAUCAGAGUAUCUAAGACGCAUUCUUACUUUUUUGCCUGUUGUGGAAAACGGCAAAGAGAAAAAUGAGGAGCCUCUAUGACUUUUCCAAUUGCACCUAAGAGAGAGACACAGAGAGCGGACCGUCUUACCCUGCCUCUACUGCAGGAAACGAUUUUUCUUUCCUCCUUGUGAGCUCCAUGAACGAAUUUGGAUCUUGCAUCUUAAAGGACAGCGGGAACUCUGGAUAAACUGAAAAAAAAAAAAAGAGGGGAGAGUGGUCUUCAUUCACUUAACCACUCACCAGGAAAGAAUAUAUAGGCCUAUUGAAAAACACGAUAGAAAAUGAGGAAGUUUCGCAAAGUGUUGGACGGCUUGACUACCUCCUCCCCGGCAUCGACUCUCGGGUCCCCAUCGUGCGGCAGCGGGGCCGGGACUCCCACAGCGGCGCCAACUCCUAAAGAAAUCGAUGUCCAAGAGACUCUACAGUCGGAAAACUUUCAGCUUUGUAAGACUGUGCGUCAUGGAUUCCCCAACCAACCCACAGCUUUGGCCUUUGACCCUGUGCAGAAGCUACUUGCCAUUGGCUCCAGAUCAGGAGGUGUAAGGAUACUGGGACGACCUGGGGUGGAUUGCUACUGUCAACAUGACAGUGGAGCAGCUGUUCUUCAGCUACAGUUCCUCAUCAAUGAGGGGGCACUGGUCACGGCCUGCGCAGAUGACACACUCCAUUUGUGGAAUCUCCGUCAGAGACGGCCAGCUAUUCUUCAUUCGCUCAAAUUCAACAGAGAGAGGAUCACGUUUUGCCACCUUCCCUUUCAGAGUAAAUGGCUGUACGUUGGAACAGAGCGUGGAAACACACACAUCGUCAACAUAGAGUCCUUCAUUUUGUCUGGAUAUGUCAUCAUGUGGAACAAGGCCAUAGAACUAGCAACUAAAACUCAUCCAGGACCUGUGGUUCACUUGAGUGACAGCCCGAAGGAUGAAGGCAAGCUACUUAUAGGGUUUGAGAGUGGGACAAUCGUACAAUGGGACCUCCGGGGCAAGAAGGCCGACUUCAGAAUCUACUACGAUGAGGCCAUCCAUUCAGCCAGCUGGCAUCAUGAAGGGAAGCAGUUCAUGUGCAGUCACUCAGAUGGCAGCCUGACGUUGUGGAACCUCAGAAACACCACCAAGCCAUUCCAGGUCACUUUCCCUCAUGGAAAGAUACAAAAGGAUGGGAGGAAGGAAUCAUGUAAACCCAUACUCAAAGUGGAGUAUAAGACCACAAGGAACAGCGAGCCCUUUGUUAUCUUCUCUGGGGGUCUCUCAUAUGACAAGGCAGGACGGCGGCCAACAUUGACUAUCAUGCACGGCAAGGCUAUCACUGUCCUGGAGAUGGACUAUCCCAUUGUGGAGUUCAUGGCACUCUGUGAGACUCCUUACAUCAACGAGGUCCAGGAGCCUUACGCAGUGGUGGUGCUUUUGGAGAAAGACUUAAUCGUGGUGGAUCUGACACAGAACAGCUUUCCUAUCUUUGAGAACCCUUACCCCAUGGACAUCCAUGAGUCUCCAGUUACCUGCACAGCCUAUUUUGCAGAUUGCCCGCCAGAUAUUAUCCCCAUUCUCUACUCUAUAGGAGCUAAACACAAGAAAACAGGUUACAGCCAUAAGGAGUGGCCAAUCAGCGGCGGAACAUGGACGUUAGGCUCCCACACGUACCCAGAGAUCAUUAUCACAGGCCAUGCUGAUGGUACAAUAAAGUUUUGGGAUGCAUCGGCAAUCACACUACAGAUGUUGUAUAAGCUGAAGACCUCCAAAGUGUUUGAAAAGCCAAAGCCAGGGGAGGGCCGGGCCGCAGAGUUGGUAGAGGAAGACCCCUUUGCUGUUCAGAUGGUCAGCUGGUGCCCCCAAAGUCGUAUGUUCUGCGUGGUCGGCAUCUCAGCCCACAUCAUCCUGUAUCACUUCAGCAAAUAUGAGGCCAACACUCAGAUAGAAUCACUGGAGGUCCGUCUACAAUGUGAGUCUGAGGAUGUCAUCUCUCCAUCGGAGAAUGAGAACGAUCCAUGCUUCUCAGAGUCCGGCUCACAUUCACCCCAAGCCCACCAUCAACAGUCAGUGAGCCCCGUCAGUGGGACAACCGAGGGUAACAAACACAGCAUCCCCUGCCUUAAGGUGAAAGACAGGAUGGUUCGGGUCCCUCCUGGUUACCAGGCAGAGCUGGUCAUCCAGCUGCAGGGGAUAGAUGGAGAACCUCCUCAGCAGAUCACCAGCCUGGACAUCAACUCAGCCUAUGGCCUUUUGGCGUUUGGGAACUGUAAUGGCCUAGCGGUGGUGGACUACUUGCAGAAAACUGUCCUGUUGUGUAUGUCGACACUGGAUCUGUACGGAGCCGCCGACCCCUACCAGCGUCUCACCCGCUCCCCACGCAGGCACAGACAGUCCACCUCAGAGUUUUGCAUGCGCGGCCUGUCUAACUUUUAUUCAGAUUCAAAGAAAAGGAUCCGUACAUCCUAUCAGAGCCUUACUGAACUCUCUGACAACCAGCAAUCCUUUGACAUGGAGAGAAGCAAGUCACCCACCUCAGUUCAUUACCCAACCUCCCUUCACAAUGACCCACGCAUCCUGCCAGAGCCUGUGGCCAGUCUGAGAGCCAGCCACUGCAGUCCAGUCUUUUACUUACUGGACAAUGUAAAGGGACCUGGCAGAAAGUUAAGUCUGCCGACAGAUCUUAAGACUGAUCUUGAUCAUGUCAAUGGACAUUGCACUAGCCCCACAUCCCAGCCCUGCUCGGCGGGGAAGCCUCGAGCUCAGAUGGGUGCCGAGGGGCCACGGCUUACACGCAGAGGCCCCGGCCGACCACCCUUCCGCAAGGCCCAGUCCGCUGCUUGCAUGGAGAUCUCUUUGCCUGUGUCCCACACUGAAGGUUAUGCAUCGAGGAGGGCAAUGCUUCAGCAGUUACAUGGAGUCACUAUGUACUCCCAUGAUGAGCACCACACCGGCGCCCCCUACUGCUGGAGUGAGAAAGCAGCAGAGAGCCGUGAAAACUCCUUCAGCCGUUCGCGCAGUUCCAGCGUGUCCAGCAUCGACAGGGACACCAAAGAAGCUGUCACCACACUGCAGUUCGGGGAAUCCUACGGCCGUAAGAGUGACGCCCUUACCACCCCAUGUCUGUGGGUGGGCACCAGUCUCGGCAUUGCCCUGGUCAUCCCAAUGUCUAUUCCCACCGACCAGGAGGAGCGGAUGGAGGAGCCUGUGACCUUUGGCCCCAGCGGAGCAGUCCUGAUGCUGAAGGGCUCAGUGUUACGCUUGAGCUUCUUAGACUGCUCGGGCACCCUCAUUCAGAGCCCCUAUGAGGUUUGGCGGGACAUCAAUGCAGCUGAGGACCCUGACCGGCCGCGGAAACGCAAGCUGGUCCACUUUUCCCCUUCAUCCUCCCAGGAAACCUACGCAGACGGACACCUGGCAGUGGUUUGCUCUGAGAGGCAGGCCAAAGUAUUCUUGAUGCCCUCGCAGUCUUGCCUCUUUGUCCACAACAUCACGGAGUCAUCCUUUGUACUGCGAGCAGAUGUGGUAUCUGUGUGUAACAGCGUGUGCCUGGCCUGCUUCUGUGCUAACGGUCAUGUCAUGACCCUCAGUUUGCCCAGUCUCAGACCGUUGAUGGAUGUAAAUUACCUGCCACUAACAGACAUGCGCAUUGCACGAACCUUUUGCUUCACAAACGGGGGGCAGGCACUAUAUCUAAGCUCCCCAACAGAGAUCCAGAGAAUAACAUACAGCCAGGAGAUGUGUGACAAUCUGCAGGAUAUGCUGGGAGAGCUAUUUAUACCGAUAGAAACACCAGAAGUCCAGAACAGAGGCUUUCUGAAGGGAUUCUUUGGAGGGAAUGCUACGACCUUUGACAGAGAGGAGCUCUUUGGUGAGGCAUCAGCUGGAAAAGCCUCUCGCAGUCUGGCCCAACACAUCCCUGGUCAGGCAGGGAUGGAGGGCAUGAAAGUGGCAGCUGGUGGAGUGGUGGGAGAGCUGGCUCGGGCGCGAAUCGCUCUGGAUGAGAGAGGCCAAAGGCUCGGAGAGCUGGAGGAACGAACUGCCCUAAUGAUGACCAGCGCUGAAUCCUUCUCAAAGCAUGCUCAUGAGCUGAUGCUCAAGUGCAAGGACAAGAAGUGGUACCAGUUCUAAUGGCCAGACAGAAGGAUGAGGCAUCCCUGGGUCUGCUUGGGAAAUGUAUGCCACGACUUUCACUCUACAAAUGAGAGCACUUAAAAGAGAGACUCGAGAGUGACUUAGUCUUCACGGCUCCUGGACUGGCUCUGUGUUGGUGCGGUCACCUUGCCAUUGGACGUGGUCGCGCUAGUUCCUUGUCCUGACAUGUUGUGAUAAGUAGAGAAACAGAAUGGCGGUCAUAAUAGGGCGGAUGAUAGAGGCGGAAAUAUCUGAUGGGUCUGUUGGUUGUGUGUGUGGAUGUGUGUGUGUGUGUGUGUGUGUGUGUGUGUGUGUGUGUGUGUGUGUGUGUGUGUGUGUUGUUUUUCUGGACCUCACUGUGUAGAUAAUCACAAGUAAAGAAAUCAAUAAGAAAUGCAUGAAACAAAGUGGAUGACUAUUAAAAAUAUUCAACUGCCAUAUCAAAAAGCAGCAUGCUACUUUAACAUGGAUACAAACUAAAACCCUUUUGUUUAAUCUGUAAGCUUACAACAGAGACUAUGAAAAUAUAUUUAUAUUUUUUGAAAUUUUGACAAAAAAAAAAACUAUAUAUGAAAAGGGAAAUGUAUAGCUGCAUUGCUAUUAAGCCAAAACUUGUUCCUUUGCCUUUUUUUUUUUUUAUCAUUCAUGCAUUAUGGUUCAUUUUAAUUUCUUCUUGGUCUCAGUAAAUAUUCAAUCUCACCACAAUAUAGAGUCAGUACACAUAUUAAGCUUUCUCUACAAUCACUUAGAAUGACAACACUACUAUGGUUUGACUAAUGCUACUACAUGGUUCUUACCAAUUACUCUGGGCUGCACAGUGCAAACACAAAUAAUAAGUAGUUUAGACACUUUUCUCUGCACAGUCUAAUCACUCUUAUUUCAUUUCCCUUAUCGGCUGCUGCUACUUACAAAAGCAUUAAAUGAUGAGAAAUAUCUUCCUUCCCAACAACAGCUGUAGGGAAACAAGAGAGCAGAUUGUUGUCAAAUGUAUGCAAAUGCAGACAGAGUUUAGAGCGCGUUAUAAUCAGAGUGUUUACAUCCACAGAAGUUAACGAACCUAUGUACUAUUUAUGUGCCAUACAAAGAAGAUGAGUCACUGCACUCGCUGCAAACUUACAAAGAGCUAAUUUCUUUUAAUCAUCAUUAAUUUUCCUUUUGAUCCAAACGUAUGACGCAGUACUUGGAGCUGGCAAUAGAGGGCAUUAUUAAAGUCAAAGUUCGUCCUCUUAAUUAAAAGUAUU